AUGUCAGAGAAUAAUCAAAGUGUCCAAGAUAAUUAAGAGUAAUAAUAAUUAUUUGAUCGAGACCUACAUAGAGCAGUAAUUGAGUUACUGAAUAAAUUUGAAAAUCAAAAAUAGCUUAAGGUAGUAUUUGCAUCAGAAACUGGAAGUAGAGGUUAAGGAUUUCACACAUCAUAAUCUGAUUGUGAUAUCAAGGGCUUUUACACUUAUUCUUAAGCACAAUACUUAGGGGUAGCAGACUUACCAGAAUCGUACUUGAGUGAAAAAUUUUUAAUUAAUGUUUAGGGAAAAGAAAUAGAAGUAGAUUUUUCAUUUAUUGAGUUUAGAUAUUAUAUUGAGUAAAGAUUAUGCUAGGGAUAUGAAAAGCUAAAUACUGUAUUUACUAGUAAGGUUUAAUAUAUAAAUCUUUUUGAAAAGUAAAUGUUUGACUAAUUUGUUUAUCAUACUCUUGAAACACCUAAAAAGGCUUUCUAUUCUGAUUUAGAAACAUUUAUUACUAGAAGAAUUAAUUAACAAGAUGUUGAAUGCAGAAAAAUCUUAAACACUCUUCAUUGCUUAGUUAGUCUAAUACAUUUUAUAAAUAGUGAUAAGCUGUUUUAGUACUCAUAUGAUUUAUGGGAAGAAAUUGAAAUCAAUCCAUACUUAGAUUAGGAUUUAAAGGUCAAAAUAAAAGAUUUUGCAAAGUUAUGCCUAGAGAAAAAAAUUUUUUCAAGAAAAUCAACUAUUAAGAGAAACAGCUUACCAGUGUGGUUUAUGAAUUUGCUAUCAUAAUACAAUAUCUAAAAAGACAGCAGUUUAAUAGUUUAUGAGAAAUAAUAAUUUUUAUAAAUGGCAUAAUAAAUGCAUGUCUAUGCUAUGAAUCUAUAAUGA